AUGUGCGACAGUCAGCACGAUUGCGACCCCCCCCCCUUGCGCAACCUGCACACCCGCGUGGCGUCCAGGGACUGGUGCAACGGCGUCCCAGACAACGAGAAGGUCACCUUGUCCGCCACCUGGUUUGCGCGCGGCGCCGUCGGCCUGCACUCUUGUUUUCCCAGCCUCGAGUCCCUUACCGUGGACGCCGAGGGUAUCUACCGCUGCGGCCUGGACAUAUACCCCGGCGCCCUCCCCACCUUCCAGAACCUACGGGAGCUCACUGUGAACCGCUUCUGCUUCCACAGCUCCCCACAGCCCGAGGCCUUUGUUUCGCUGGCCCCGAACCUGGCCUCCCUCGUCGUGAGCGAGCUGCCCAUGUCGGACCUCACGCCGCUCGCCAACCACCCCACCCUCGAGAAGCUGACCCUGAGCGGCUACCAAACAGACACUCUGGACGUCGAGGGCGUGCCCACGUACGACGCCAUCCUGCGCAGCCUGCCGCGCCUGGGGCGCGUGACGCUCGAGGGCAGGGGCUGGAACCUGUGGCCGGGCGAGGCCGACGAUCCGUACGACUGCGCCUCGGCGCUGCUGCGCUCGCUGGCGGCGUGGCGGGCGGGGCGCCUCACACAAUUCGUGUACGAGGUGGCCGAGCCCGACAGCGCCGCGCUGCCCCUGGGCUACGUGCUGCCGCGCCUGGCGGCCGAGCUGGGGCCGAGCCUCAAUUGGCUCGAGCUGUACCCCUGCCGCCUGCCCCGCGCGCGCGGCGGCGGCGGCCUGCCUGAGAGCGUGCGCGAGGGCGGGCUGCUGUGCCUCCCGCUGUUCGAGCGGCUGCGGUACAUGGAGCUGCAUGUGGAGGCUGAGAUGGACGAGGGGCCUGUCAGGCUGCCCAUCGCGAAAGAGCGCAUAGACGCCCUGGUGCAGCCGCUUGUAUAUGGUGGCUGUGUUGCGCCCUGCCUGCGGGAGCUGGUUGUGAAGCUACCGGCCGGUGCGGUCACGAGUGGUGUGUGGGCGCACUGCGAAAGCAUGAGCGCCGAGUGCCCUGGUGGCGUGCUGCGGUUUGAGCUGGUGUAG